AUGUCAAAUACUCGUGAUAUAGACCUUCUUAAUGCAGCAUUCACAGCUAUGAUGCCGGGCCACACUUUUGUGACAGAAAAAGAGUAUCGUGAAAGACAAAAUUCACUUAUUAAGCUAGAAGGUGAAAACUCACUUAUUAAUCUAGAGGAACAAAACUCAUUUAUUAGGUUAGGGGAUACCGCUUUUCAACCCGUCGACUUGUAUGCAUUUCAUCAGUGCGUUCUUUCUGGUGGUUAUGUCGAUAGAGUUGAGGAUGAAUUACCGGAAUCAUUCGACACACUGACUCUUUAUGAUUAUGACAACAUACAAAUAUUUCAGCGACUUAUCUUUGCUGGUAGAACGUUGGAGAGAGGAACACUUAUCGACUACGAUAUUGACAGAGGAUGUACAUUACAUUUAACCUUAAAUCUUUAUGGUGGUGGAAAUAUUGUAAGUUAUUUGAGUACAAAUUUUUUAGCUCCGAAGUACGAUUUCGAUUUUACAAAUAUCGAUGAUAAAGACCAAGUAUAUACUCGUGGAGAUGUUCAAUAUAAAAGACCAUGUGGAUGGCAACGAUUUGCGUUAAAAGUUACUGGAAAAUAUGAUAAUGGUAAUGAUGGAUGGCUUGGUACAGAUGCAAGUGCCUGGCCAGUAGCUUACCAUGGUACCAGUAAAAAUAACUCAAAGUCAAUUGCCGAAGAAGGAUAUUUGUUGAGUAAAGGGUAUCGGUUUAAGCAUGGAUAUGGUGUUUAUUCAACACCUGAAAUAAAUGUUGCUAAAUUAUAUGCUAAAAAAUUUGAAUUUUCUGGAAAUAAUUUUUUGGUAGUGUUACAGAAUCGAGUGAAUCCCAAGGAUUUGCAGAAAAUUCCGAAAGCCACAACACAUGUUGGUGAAUAUUGGAUUUCCAAGGAAGGAGAAGAUAUUAGACCAUAUGGAAUUUGUAUUAAAAAAUUAUUGUAA